AUGGUGGCACAGAGACGCCAAAAUGGAGAGAGCAGUGCAGAUAGAUUCUUGGAUCUGAUUUCAGACCCUUUCCAGGCUGAGGUCCAGCAGAACUCCAUCUACGCCGCCAUCGUAUACUCCUUUGUUGUAUCCGGCCUGCUGGUAAUCGUCUUCUGCUUCCUCCGACCGCGAAACUCAAGAGUCUAUGCUCCCCGCGCGAAACAUGCAGACGAGAAGCACCGGCCGAUACAGUUGGACAAGAAGCCAUUAAGUUGGCUGUCUGCCAUCAAAAAUGUGAAAGAGCAGGACUUGGUGGACAAGAUUGGUCUCGAUGCCGUCGUCUUCCUAAGGUUCCUCCGCAUGGUCCGCAACAUUUUCCUCGUGUUGACAGUCAUCGGCUUGGUCCUGCUGCUACCCAUCGAUGUCGCCGGAGGCGCGUCGUUCUACAAGCAGUGGAACAAUAUUGCGACGCUCAUGAAGUUUACGCCGCAGUAUAUCUUCGGGAAGAAGUUUUGGGCAUACGUCUUUUUUGCCUAUGUAAUCCAGGCCACCGUGUGCUUCUUCCUAUGGAGAAACUAUAUCGCUGUUCUGAAGCUUCGACGGGCUUACUUCAACACCGACGAAUACAAGUCUAGUCUGCACGCCCGGACGCUUUUACUUACACAUGUCCCCGAAUCUUACCGAACCGAUGCAGGACUUGUUACUCUGAUAGAACAAGCGAAGCCGAUUGACACGGUUCCCCGAGCAGUCAUUGGCCGGAACGUCAAGGAUCUGCCCAAGUUGAUUGAAGCCCAUGAAGAGUCGGUUCGCAAACUCGAGAAACACCUGGCCAACUACCUGAGCAAUCCAAACAGACUGCCCGCGACACGACCGACCUGCAAAGCAGCAAAAGACGACGUGGCAGUCUAUGGCAAGGGCAAACUGGACGCAAUCGAAUAUCUCACCGAACGCAUCUCAAGACUGGAAAUCAAGAUCAAAGAAGUACGAGAAACCGUGGAUAUGCGCAAUCCCAUGCCUUAUGGUUUUACUUCGUAUGAGCACAUCGAGGACGCCCACGCAGUCGCAUAUGCUGCCAGAAAGAAAGGCCCUGGCGGUUGCGACGUCUACCUUGCUCCAAAACCACAUGAUCUCUUGUGGCAGAAUCUUGGCAUGAGUCGAAGGAAACGAGCCAUACGUGCGUUCUGGGAUGGGCUAUGGAUAGUGCUGUUCACCAUUGCCUUUAUCGUUCCUAACAUACUCACAUCGGUUUUCCUGUCCGACUUUCCACAUCUCGGACUGGUUUGGCCAGCGUUCCAGACAAACCUUGCUGCCCAUCCGACGGGCUGGGCGAUUGCUCAGGGUAUUCUGGCGCCACUUGUUCAAACGCUCAUGUAUAUGGGGGUCCCCGUGGUCUUCCGCCGUCUGUUCACCCACUCUGGUGAUGUCUCCAAGACAUCGAGGGAGCGCCAUGUGACAGCUCGACUGUACUCCUUUUUCGUCUUCAACAAUCUGCUGGUUUUCUCCGUCUUCGGAUCUGCUUGGCGCUUUGCUGCUGCAGUUAUCGCUGCCCAUGACAAAGGCGUCUGGCAAGCCAUCCAGGAUAACCACCUCUUCUCCAAGAUCAUGUCGGGGCUGUGUAAUGUGUCUACGUUUCGGCUUACCUGGCAGAUGCAGCGCAAUCUUGGUGCUGCUAUUGACCUUUCUCAAGCCUGGGUGUUCCUGUGGAGCUGGAUCCAGCGCACAUUUUUCUCGCCAACACCUCGUGAGCUCAUUGAGCUCAGUGCGCCACAGCCAUUUCCAUAUGCCGACUACUACAACAACUACCUCUUUGUAGCUACAGUUGGCCUUUGUAUGGGCACACUGCAGCCAAUCAUCUUCCCAGUCACAGCAUUCUACCUCACCAUGGACUGUGUCUUUAAAAAGUACCUACUUCAGUAUGUCUUCAUCACCAAGACUGAAUCCGGCGGUAGAUUCUGGCGUCUUCUCGUCAACCGUACGCUCGUUGCGGUAGCUCUGGCCAAUGCAGUUAUUGCCUUGGUAGUUGGGGCCAAUGGCGUGGGAUCAAUCAACCUCGAUACUAUCCAGUAUGGAACCGGCAACUUGCUCUUUGCCAUGAUCCCACUUCCGUUUCUCCUGUUCGGCUUCAAGUGGUACUGCAAGCGGACUUUUGACGACAAACUGGUGUACUACGCCACGCUGCCAUACUCGGAUGUGGAAGGCGCACACGCCUCUGAUAUCUCAAAGCAAAAAAGGAACAACAAGCUGCUUACCCGAUUUGGCCACCCUGCACUCUACAAAAAAUUGCUCACGCCCAUGGUACAUGCCAAGUCUCAACACCUCCUCAAAGAAGUGUAUGGAAACCGCUCAAAUGCAGACCGCGAUAUCUUCGGCGCGCCGCAUCGUCGAUCGAGCGACCGGGCCAUCCCGGCCACGCCAGGCUACGAACGAUUUGGUGACUUUGUCAUGACCGAACUGGACUCCAGUCAGCCCGGAAAACAUACCGGCACUCCAGAGAUUCCACAUGUGGAAGUCGUAUCCGAGUCAGAGCUCGAUUUCGAAAACUUCAAAAAGCGCGCAGAGUUCCGGGACGAGUUUGGCGGUGACGGCGAGUUGUACGGGCGGCCCAAUGAUGUAUCUCGUCCAGGAACGCCUUCUACAUUUACCACGUUGACGGGCGUGGGUCCCUACGGCCGGCGGCCGGAUUCUGCGGCGGGACCGCGCUCAUCGAGCCUCACGCGCUUUGGUGAUGGUGCCGAGUUCGAGCAGGGGACCUCGUAUGCCAAGGGCUACCAGCGGCCGGGCGACGAGUUUGCAGAAGUCGAUAGUCUGGCUCCUCCGUUUGACGAGGAUGCUGCGUUGCAUAGUAUGAGUAGUCGGCAGCCGCUUGUUGGUGCCGAGAGAAGGGGGAGCGGCAGCGCUGCGGGGGAGGGACGUGUUGAUGUCGCAGCGCACGACGACGAUACCAGUUACGACCGUUUUAGAGGCCUGAGAUGAAUGCCUUGGUACAGGUAUAGCGACGAAUGGGAAUACCCUGCGAGUGAAUGAAUCUUCACAAGCCCUUGCCCAGCUAUUUUUAACAAAGAAGAAAGAAGAGAAAAAGUGGCAUGUUGCUGCUGUGUGAAGUUGGUUUUGAGCCUGGUCUCGAUAGCCGC